GUGACAUCAGCCUGGUCCGGUUGUUGUAUAGUUUCCCUCAAAAAAAUUUAAAAAAAGAUAAAUCGGAAGAGUGUAAAUAUCAAGCCACUCUAUUGUGCUGCAAAUGGAUAAUUGUUUCCAAUGGUGUAGAAUCAAGUGUUAUGCUAUGACGAGUGCUCCCGCAGUUAAACUAUUGUACUUGUUUACCUAACGUGAGUGACCGUUUGCAGUGUGAAGUGCCUCCGGAGUGAAAAUUGGCAGACGGUCGGAAUUACGCUGUAGUUUUGCGUAUACGAAAGAUUGUCCACCCUCUGGUGAGAAAACGAUUAGUGAAGUCUGGUAUCGUGUUUUACUGUUUUUUUACAUUUAACAUAUCGUGGAAGUUGCCAAUCAAUACUUGAUCUUAUGCUGAUAAGGGUCAAUGGUUGAACGCCAUAAGAUCUGCUUAUCCCGAUCGAAACUGGAUACCGUUCGAUUCGAGUGAAAGUGGCGCUCCAACUUUGGUAUAUUUUCCGAUAUUUUUUGCACACCCAUCAGUGUAUGUUGUGAAAAUAUGCUUGAAUGAACUGUGAGAAACGCACACAAAUAGCAAGCUGAGGUGCCAUCGUCAUUAUUUGGGAAUUGGAUCGAAUUGUUUAUGCUUGGUUUGGUGUUGGGACAAUUUACCCUUGAAAAUUGAAUUGAAUACAACUGGUGAAUUUACGACGGUGAAACUGGGCAAAUUUCGCACAAAGUGUGCUACAUUUAAACAGGAAAACAGCCCUAACGGGGGGAGUGGAUAAACAACAAACCAGAUCAAGGACCGCAGAGUUCAUUUGCUUUGACACCCGUGAGACAGUGUGGUGCAACGGUAUUUGAACGAACUUAUAACAUUGGCAGGAGCAAAACAACGUGAGCUGUUCCACCGCACAGCAGUCAGUAGGGGACUUUCAAAACGAAAGUGAAUGCGAACGUGACAGGAUCGACUCCCGCGAACGGUAGAUUCGACUAUAUUCCGCAUAAUAGUGCAAAACGAUUCGAGGAAAAGUCAAAACAAAUAAACAAACAAACGAGCCAACGUUCUGGACUCUUAUUGUGUAUAUUCGGGAAUUGUGCCAUCGAUCGCGGAAGUGUUCAUCAACUAUGAUUAAAAUAUCCCGAGCGACCGGGGCCUACGCCGCCCUAGUCUCGGUAGUGUCUGGAACAAUUGUGUGGUUCAACUUUCGUCCACUGGGAUUAUUUUUCUUCUCCGGAUUGGUGUUGUUUUGGUGUCGGCAGUACGCCAACCUUCGCCUCCAGAUGACUCCCUUGGUGGAGGAAAAGCUACGGAAUGUGUGCCAGCGGGCGCUCCAGCUGCGGGCGCAAAAGCCUGGCCUGUUCUGUGCGCUGGUGUCCAGUUUCCUGGUUCUGCUGGCCAUCAUCGGUCACAUGGUAUCCGGAGCAUACAUUGUGAUCACACUGCUGGUGCUGUCGAUCGUUAUUUCGACCAAAUAUGACAUCAAAAUCGUUGCCGAUCGUGAACGACCACCGAGCUCGCUUUCGGCCAAUUUGUUCGACCAGGAAGUGGAGGAGUUUCUACCGGAGAUCACCGAAGCCAACGCCACUCUUCUGAGACAAGUCGGCGAAGAGGCUGAUGUUAGUGCGGUGUACAGAACGGACAGUAGCACCAUCAGUGAGUGUAAAGCUGGCGGGCCGGAAAACGACGAGGACGAUGAUACCUACUCGGAUUUACUGAUACCGCAGAAUAGUAUUCAAGAAUUGGACGAAGAACAAUCCACUGAGUCCAGCAGCGAUGAGCUUCUGUUUGCCAAUGGUGGCAAGUCGGCGGCGGACGUAUCGACCGGUGAAAUUAAGUUCAAAAGUGGUCAUUUCAAUGCGAAUACUUCUUCCGAUUCGGAUGAUAGUAUCUCGCGUGGGCUAAACUUCGAUGAUGUUCCCGAUAGUAGCCGAAAACGGGGAAACUUUUCACAUCAUAACUCGCAGUACGAACUUCAGCGUCAGCCCCAGCCGGAACAGCAACGUCCUCAGCAGCAGGACGCACUGGCGAAUUUGGCUGGCAAUCUGCUAGCCAGCAAUAUGCUUAAUUACCUUAGCUCGGCCAUUGCCAGUACUUCCACGAUGAGCCAAUCCCAACCUGCCCCAAGCAACCGUGUUCACAGUCGACACGGUCGCAUGAGCACUUCCGUCGCUGGUACCGGUAGCGGACGGCGGACGUAUGGAGAUUCAACGGACGAGGACGAGGAUAGUGAUUUUGAAAUGCUAAAUCCGGACGAACUGAAUAAUGCAUAAGCUGAGGGGGUUUCGCUGCCACACACACAGACGUCAGACGGCCAAAGCGGUAUUUAUUUGAGAGCUUAAGGUUUGACUUUCUAGUUCGUCGAGGAUCUUUUACAGAGAAGUUCGUUUUUUAAUAUAGUGAUCACUACCAAUACCGAUCAGAGCGGUAUAAAAAUAGUUACCAUCUACCGAAGUUCUUCCUUACGCGUAGAAUUUUCUGUUGGAAGUUCCAAAAUUCAAUCAAUUUUUUUGUGACGAAAAUGAUUCUAUUUCUUAUUGCAAACUUUUAUUUUCCUUGAGAUCUUGACUACCGAUAUAAAUUUGUUGAGUAUUACUACCUAAGUUUGACUUUAUUUGAACUUGUUUCAAGCAGAAAAUGUCGUCGCAACCCCAUAAAUAAAAAAAUACCAGUGCCAGAUUGUCAAAACAGCACGACGUACUCUGUAAAUAUUUGUAGAAUUUACUUCCUAAGAAAACAGAAAAAAAAACAAACAGGUUUGACAGUGCGCUGUAGUAGAAUUAAAGCAUAAUUGUUUCCGGCUUCCACUGCUUCUGAAUAUCUUUUCAAUAGUUUGACCCGCACCUUCAUUAGAACGUUCGACUUUGAGCUAAGCCAACUUUUGUGAAAUUGUUACAGCAAUAAGCUAGUCCAAAGAAUUUAGGUUUAAUGAACUCUGCUAAGAGCAGUGCCGCUAUAAACCACCAACCGUGUGUCUAUUCGUUCAUGAAGCUUUUAAAUAAAUUGGGAAAAACAAACCGUAACUCAUUUCACGAGUACAGAAAGCGUGACAAACGAACAACAGCAAAAGCAGAAUAUUUUAACGCGUUCUAUGCACUCACCCAAGGUCUCGUGUACGACGUUAUAGUUGAAUGAAUAUUACUUACAAUCGACAAUCAGACAUACGUAUAACUGCUUAUGAAUUUCUUCUAAAUCUCGAUGUAGCCGAAUAAUUCGUGAUCUUUGUGGUUGAAAUCGAUAUACAGUAAGUUACUUGGUACCCCACAUCAAAAAUUAGGAACGACUCCUCAUAUUUUAUAUUGGUAAUCGAAAGCGACAGGUAAAACAUUAGUCAAUCCAAUUGGCAAUGAAUGGACGAAUUUCGGAUUUCAAAUCCUGCUUUGUAACAACACAUCGAAGAAAAAAAUGGAAUGCUGUGUCUGUUUGUCUAUGUAAAGGCAAUUAUUUCGAUAGCCUGGAAAGAAUAUCCACGCUCAUAGAAUACACCCGAUGCACCCUAUUAUUUGAAGAGAAGAAAAACCCUUAACCUCCGACCUGUCCAAAACUAAAUAAACACGAAUCAAAACUUAAUUGGAGAUUGUCAACUGUUCACCUGUUCGAAGAACAAGUAAAUAAACUUAAAUAAUAUAUAAUGAAAUAUGUGUGAUAUGUUUUACUUUACUCUAUAUACCUGUAACGACUAUUGUGACGUAAUGCAAAUGAAAUUAAAUAAUAAUGGAUUUGUAUAUCGUA